AUAAGACCAAGUAAUUAUUCAACACUUGACCCUAAUCGUCGAAAUACUAUUCCAUCAUCAUCAAACUAUCAACGAAAUCGAUCAACAAUAGGAGCAAAUGACAAUGAUUUUGAUGAUGCAGGUUCAGUAAAUAGUACCUAUGGCAAUUGA